CAGCUCCAGCUGGAAAGAAAAAUAAAUAACAUCAACAAAUCACGUGAAAUUUUUCUAUCCAAUAGAUUAGAUAAGAUAACUUGUCAAGAGUUAAAACCAGUUUAUAAAAAAUCUACUUUCAUUUUUGUUUAAUCUAAAUAGCUGUCAAUGGUGUUAAAGCUUUCACUGAAACUUCUAAAGUUCCAGCGCAUAAUGGCUGCCAAUUAUUCUUCCAAACCUUCCACCGAAUUGCCAUUGCGAUUUGUCCAAUUUAUUCGCAAAAACGAAUCAAAUAAGCAAUUAGGUGUUUUAGCAAACGAUGGCUUAACACUUCAUCCACUUCCAAAUGGAACUUGUGACAAUAGCAUGAUUAAUCUUAUUAAACAAGAUGCCAAUGAAAUUGGAAAGAAUUUAAGUUCCUUGAAAUCGGAACAAUUGAAUGCAGACAUUGAACUUCUGCCACCGGUAACAAAUCCAGAGAAAAUUGUAUGCAUUGGUCUUAACUAUCUGGAUCAUUGUUUGGAGCAAAACAAACCGAAACCAAAAGAACCAAUGUUCUUUAGUAAGUUUGCCAGCACUUUGGUCGGCCCAGCGGGAAAUGUCAUUGCCCACAAAGUUUCCAAUAAAAUCGAUUUUGAAGUUGAAUUGGCUGUUAUCAUUGGGAAAGAAGCUAAGAAUGUAUCGAAAGAACAUGCUCUUGACUAUGUUUUUGGUUAUUCUGUUGCUCAAGAUAUCUCAGCUAGAGAUUGGCAAAAGGAACGAAACGGUGGACAGUUUUUAAUAGGAAAGUCUAUGGACUCGUUCUGUCCUCUGGGACCUGCUAUAGUGCACAAAAGUUUGGUAGAAGAUCCCCAUAAUCUUCAAAUAAUAACCCGUAUCAAUGGAGUAGAAAAACAAAAUGGAAACACAAAAGAUAUGAUUUACAAAAUUGAUGAUAUCAUUCAUGAAUUGACAAAGAGCAUUACUCUAAAACCUGGUGAUGUUAUUUUAACUGGAACUCCAGCUGGUGUUGGUAUGCAUAGAAAUCCACCAGAAUAUCUUAAACCUGGCGAUGUGAUUGAGAGUGAAAUUCAGUCUGUUGGUAAACUUCUUAACAAAGUUGUAGCCGAUGAAUGAGAUUAAAGUGCAUUUAUUUAACUAACUAAAGAAAAUAAUUAGGGAAAAUUUAAUAAAUGUUUAUGGUUCAUGUUUUAA